CUCGUCCAGCCAGGACGACCGCGACGCCGACUGCUGAGGCUUGAGUUUCACAGGCUUUUACUGGGCUUUCACGACGCGAGGUGCGGACCUAUACCGUCGGACAUCAGUUUGUCGGGAUCCUGGACGCGAAGAGGGUCGCCUUUGAGAGAUUUCUGCUUGGUGGACACCUUAGUGAAGGGAUUUAUUCUUCUUGACUGUGGGGAUAAGGAAUUUGUAGUCUGAUCCAACAUGCCAAUACGCUUGAGCAGCCUACCGCGGCCUCUGGCCAAGGUACUGAGCGCCUUCGUUGCCGCGGUUGGCCGCAUGGACAAGUCCCUUUCUCCUUCCGACACCAUCGCCCGCCUGCGGAAGCACACCUUUACCCUGUCCGACUCCAUCUACGUCUUCCACUUGGCCCUCGCAGCCUUCUGGAUCACCCUAAUGCAAUUCCCGCCAUUCCCGUAUAAACUACUAAUACCCAUCCUAUACGCUAUAUUCCUCCUCAUACCCCUAACCUCGCAGUUCUUCCUGCCCGCGAUACCUGUCGCAUCCUGGGUCCUGACAUUUUACUCUUCACGGUUCAUCCCUGCCUCCUGGCGACCCUCCAUCUCCGUCUCCCUGCUCCCGACGCUCGAGACCGUGCUCUACGGCGCGAACGUCUCCGACAUCCUCACGCGCACGACGCACCCCGUGCUCGACAUCAUCGCCUGGCUGCCGUACGGCAUCAUCCACUUCGUCUUCCCCUUCGUCGUCGCCGCCUUCCUCUGGCUCUUCCGCCCGAAGGAGGCGCUGCACCUUUGGGCGCGCGCCUUCGGGUACAUGAACCUCAUCGGCGUGAUCAUCCAGAUCCUCAUCCCGUGUGCCGCGCCGUGGUACGAGCUCAUCUACGGGCUCACGCCCGCGAACUACUCGAUGCCAGGCUCCGCGGGCGGGCUCGGGCGCAUUGACGCGCUCUUCGGCGGGCACGGGUACGAGACGACGUUCUCGCACUCGCCCGUCGUCUUCGGCGCGUUCCCCUCGCUGCACGCGGGCUGCGCGACGAUCGAGGCGCUCUUCAUCUCGCAGUUCUUCCCCGAGAUGACAAAGUACAUCUGGGCGUACGCGGGCGUGCUCUACUGGGCCACGAUGUACCUCACGCAUCACUACCUCAUCGACGUCGUCAGCGGCGCGUGCCUCGCCACCGCGUGCUUCUACUUCUUCCUCCCCGACGAGUUCCGCGGGCCGCGCGCGACUGCGCCGCCGGCAUCACUUGGGCGCCGGAGCAAGUACGAUCUGUAUGAUGUGCAGAACUCCCGCGGCCGCGUGGCGGAUAUGGAUGAGCUUGAGCUGUCCAGCGAAGACGAGGAAGGCGCCGACAUUACUUACCGCUCACCCGUGCCGGGCUCGAAUAAUGCGCCAUUGCAACAGCAGCAGAAAGCUGUGGCGGGGAAGAAGAGCCAUCGCCAUACGGCGAGCAUUGCGAGUUUAAUCAGGGCAGAGGAGAGGGUGGAGGAUGGGUGGAGUCCUAUUAUGGGCUCGUUUGCCUUCCCGCCGAAUUCGCCUGGCAGGGACAGGGAGAGGGCGGACGAGAGGGUUUGAGUGCGGUGGUGCGGAAGUAUAUACCUUCUUUUGAUUUUAAAUGGAUAUUAGUGAUGUUAUCUAUACAAAAGCCAUAUUACGAUUGGGGGUCUUCGAGUGCCUCUUCAGCGACCAGAAGUUCACGCCUUUACUGCUCUGCCGACGCUAUGCCAAAACAAGCUGUCGACGUCUUCCCCCUCCUUCCCCCACAUCUUACAUUCCCUCCACAUCCCAGACUCCU